GAGGCCGGCAUUGCCAGACCAAAAAACCUAAUUAGACGCGCAAUUGACCGGCAUGGCCAUACUAAAAUAACCAAAUUAGACGCGCGAAUGUAUAUUUAAUUGUGAAUUUGUUAGUUAUCGUUGUUAAAAGUGAAUGUAUAAUUAUGGAAACGCGCCUGGAAGUGCGUCUGCGUGAGCCGAAUCCGUUGUUUACCCGCUGGCUGGAACGCUGGUUGCGGGAAGCGGAGCGACGCCAGCAGAAGUCCCAGUUUAAACUUCGCCAGGCACUGGAGUCCCUGAAAAGCUAUCCAUUACCUUUGUCCAGUGGACGGGAUUGCUCGAUUCUGCGAGGAUUUGGAGGGACCCUCUGUCAGCUGAUUGACGAGGAGUUGCGCCAGCACAAGGGCCUACAAUUGGUGCCCCACGAGGUCGUAGUGCAGGAGCACUACGAGCAGCAGGUGCAGGAAGUUAUCCGUCAGAUUCAUGAGAAACAAAUGGAGCAGCAGAGGCGCCAGGACAAGAGGAGCAAACCCAAAAAGCCAACCAAAAAGGAGCAGCUGGAGUUGGUAGCCCUCGAGGAGCGGGAACGCCUGGUUAAGAUGCAGCCAGGAGGAUUUAAGUUGCUGCUUUUGGUGGACACCCAGGAGACCAGUGGCAAAAACAAGAGGGUUCUAGACCAAACGAGGAGCUACCUAGAAUCCUUUGGAGCGCAGCAUGAAGUUCGUCGUUUAACCAUCGGCGACUUCCUUUGGAUAGCCCAGGAUUCAGAGGGCAAUGAACUGGUUUUGCCUUACAUUGUAGAGCGCAAGCGCAUGGAUGACCUGGCAUCAAGUAUACGCGAUGGUCGCUUCCACGAACAGAAGCACAGGCUGCAGCAAAGUGGCUUGCAGAAAAUCAUCUACCUUGUGGAGGACUAUGGGGACAAUGAGCAGAUCGGCCUGCCUCUAGACUCCUUGCUGCAGGCCCUUGCCAAUGCCAGAGUUCAAACUGGUGUUCAGGUGGUGCGCACGGAGAAUCACUACCGAUCCAUGAGCUAUUUGGCCGGGAUGAGUCGCUCCCUGGGUCAGAUCUUUGCCAGAAAGAUGCUGCACAGCGUGGAUCGCGGGUCACUAGUCAAAUCCUCUUGCGUGCUCACGGAUUCCGAGCUAGGAUUGCUUAAGUUUCGUGCCUUAUACGAGGAUUCCGCCAAGAAUGCGCAGCUAACAGUGCGAGAAGUCUUUGUGCAACAGUUGUUGCAGCUGCACUCCCUCUCCCUCGAACGAGCGAUGGCCAUUGUGGAACAAUAUCCCACUCCACGCUGCCUGCUGGAGGCCUACGAUGAGUCGCCAGAUCCAAAAGAGGCCCGAUUACUCCUCUCCAGGAUCCCGUACGGACCCUUAGAACGUCCGCUGGGCGACAAAAUCAGCCAGUGCCUGCACGAAUUUUACACCACGCACUUUCGUUAGGAUUAG